GUACAAGUCACUCCUGAUUCGGAGUCGAAACAAUGCGAGAUUGAGGCGUUAUAGCCCCCUUAUGGGAUUCGAAAUCCUGUGAGAUCGAACUUUGUGGAGUACACAUGACCGCUUUUGAUAGGCGGAUGCUCCUGCCAUGUGAUCCUCAUUUGCAAGAAAAUCAUCGCGCAGCUUCCUUGCUGAGCGAAUGGCGUCGAUCUCCGCAGCGUUCCAUGCCGCUGCGCUUGCGCCUGCGUUCGCCGCCUCUGUAGCCAGCACCUCGGGUAGCGUCAACGAGCGACCCAGCUUCUCAGCAAGGAUUCCUUCUUCCUCUGCAAGCCCGUUCUUGGGAGCCGCAAGAGGGCAGGACUUUGGAGGAGCGCCAGCAGUUGAAGCUGUUGAAUAUCCUUCUCGACAAGCAAGGCGGAGAGCCCUAGGCAGAAGCGCAGCCAUUAGAGCUGCUGUUGCAAGUGAACAGGCUGUCACAAGUACGCCAGGCAAGAUGACGGGCAAGACAAAAAUCGGACUCUGCGGGCUGGCUGUUAUGGGCCAGAAUCUUGCCCUGAACAUUGCUGAGAAAGGGUUUCCAAUCUCAGUCUACAAUAGAUCAGCAAGCAAGACCGAUGACACAGUGGAGAGAGCCAAGAAGGAGGGAGACCUGCCUGUCCAAGGCUAUCACGAUGUGAAGGAGUUUGUGGAAUCAAUUGAAAAGCCAAGGGCUAUUAUCAUUCUGGUGAAAGCAGGGGCACCAGUUGAUGCCACUAUUACGAGCUUGACGGAGCACCUUGAGCCAGGCGACAUCAUCAUCGAUGGAGGCAAUGAAUGGUACGAGAAUACGGAGCGGAGGGCCAAGGAGGUUGAGGCCAAGGGCCUUGCAUAUAUGGGGAUGGGAGUGUCAGGAGGCGAGGAGGGUGCCAGGAAUGGUCCUUCUCUGAUGCCUGGUGGCACCCCUGAGGGGUACGCCAGGAUUGAGCCUAUCGUAAUGAAGGUUGCAGCUCAGGUUGAUUCUGGCCCUUGUGUCACAUACAUCGGCCCCGGGGGCGCCGGCAACUUUGUCAAGAUGGUGCACAACGGCAUCGAGUACGGCGACAUGCAGCUGAUCGCCGAAGCGUAUGACAUCCUGAAGAGCGUUGGCGGCCUCACCAACGAGGAGAUGCACAAGGCCUUUGCCGAGUGGAACCGUGGCGAGCUUGAGAGCUUCCUGAUCGAGAUCUCCGCCGACAUCUUCACAGUGAAGGACGACAAGACGGAUGGAGACACCGUCGAUGUGAUCCUGGACAAGACCGGUUCUAAGGGGACCGGCAAGUGGACAGUGCAGCAGGCAGCCGAGCUGGCGAUUGCUGCUCCAACAAUUGCCGCUUCCCUGGACGCACGGUAUCUGAGCGCCCUCAAGGACGAGCGCGUUGCGGCUGCGGAGACAUUCAAGAAGCUGGGGGUACAGGACGUGCAGGCGGACAUGAAUGUGGACAAGAAGCAGCUGAUUGACGACGUGCGCAAGGCGCUGUAUGCAUCCAAGAUCUGCAGUUACGCUCAGGGCAUGAACGUCAUCCGGGCCAAGAGUAUGGAGCAGAACUGGAACCUCAACCUCGGCGAGCUGGCGCGCAUCUGGAAGGGCGGUUGCAUCAUUCGGGCCAAGUUCCUGGACAGGAUCAAGAAGGCGUACGACCGCGACCCAAACCUGCCGAGCUUGCUCGUUGACGCCGAGUUCGCGCAGGAGCUCGUCGACCGCCAGGGUUCGUGGCGGAAGGUGUUGCAGUUGGCCAUUGGGGCCGGCAUCAGCACAGCAGGCAUGACCGCCAGUUUGGCGUACUUCGACACCUACCGCCGGGGACGGCUUCCGGCCAACCUCACCCAAGCCCAGCGUGAUUACUUCGGCGCCCACACCUAUGAGCGCAUUGAUGGGGAGGGUGCGUUCCACACCGAGUGGAGCAAGCUUGCGUCAAAGAUCUAAGCGUCUGUUCGUUAGCAGCGCGUUGACUGUUAAAGGAAACUGAAAAUGUGAACUUGGUGUAUGAGGGUUACCUUUGCACAAGUGUCUUACGAAGCCUCAAAUUACCCCAUGGAUUAUGGUUUUGAGAAGUUGCAACAGAACCUGCCGGAGUACCGGGGGGUGUUGCUCGCUACAACAGGCCAGGGACAUAAUAAUGAUCUACACGUGUAUCAGACAAAUCCUGCAUCACGCAACACUUUUCCUAGCUUUGACCCAGCUCUGGUG